AUGUUGAAGUUUCAAGAGGCUUUGCCACUUGCUCUGAAGGCAUUGGAUAUUUACGAGGAAAGGUUGGGGUCUGAUUCUAUGAAGGUGAUUCAAGUUCGACGACUUCUUAGAGUUGUUUACACUGUUCUUGGGGAGAAUAAGGAAGCUUUGAAGGAAAAUGAGAUGGCAAGAAGUGUUUUGGAGGAUUUGCAUUUGAAAGAGGAAUUGUUUUAUGUGGAGAUUAAGAAGGCAAACAUGCAGAUUUCUCUUGGAAGGUUGGAAAAUGCCAAUUUUACACUUAAAGGGGUGAUUGCACAAGUAGAGAAGGAGUAUGAGAUUUGGGAAAUGGUGUUUGUUUCGAUGGCAAAAGCAUUGUUCAACCAGGACAAGUUUGGGGACACAAAGAGGUGUUUGGAGAUUUCUUGUGGGAUUCUUGAUAACAAAAAAUUUGCAUCACCUGAGAAGGUUGUAGAGGCGUAUGUAGAGACAUCGUUGUUGUAUGAGGCCAUGAAUGACUUUGAAAUUGCUAUGUCUUUGAUGAAACAGACGUUGGCAAUAAUUGAGAAGCUCCCACAACAAUUGCAUCUGGUUGGAAGUAUCUCGACAAGGUUGAGGGUGGUUGCUUCUCUUGACGAGGAGAGUCUCUAA